GAGAGAGAGAAAAAGAAACUACAUUAAACUAACCAACCGCAGAGCAAGAUCAUCCAUUGUCAGACCCCACGGUCCAAUAAUUCUCAUUCUCUCUGCUUCUAAAAUCUGAAGUCCAGAAAAACCAACCACUGAAUCUCUCUGCCACAAUCCCAAUGGAGGACUACAACAGAGCAAGGCAAUAUGGGGAUGGGUCGAUGCAGAUGGAGAGCUAUUAUGGGCCACCGCCGCCUAGACCAGCCAACUCCUAUGACCUCAGGUCCUACAGCUCCUCCUAUCCACAGACCCAGGUGGGCAGCAACAGGGACUUGAAGCUGAAGAAAGGGAAGAGCGCUUGUGGGUCGUCUUCAAAGUCUUGGGCUUUUAGUGACCCUGAGUUCCAGAGGAAGAAGAGGGUUGCCAGCUAUAAGAUGUACUCUGUGGAGGGUAAAAUGAAAGGAUCCUUGAGGAGGAGCUUCAGGUGGCUUAAAGACAAGUACACCCAGGUGCUUUAUGGAUGGUGGUGACUGGUGAUUCUGCCUCUAUUCAUACUUUCUUCUUUCUUCUUGUAUGUUGGAAGUUCUGUUUCACAUUCUCAAAUUUUGUUGUCAUCAACAGAAUUUCUAAAUUUGUGGGUUUGUGAUUAUAAAUUCAUAAGUCGCUUUGGCCAAUUGACUAAAUAGUGAAUAUGAUAAUGGGCUCCUGGAGGCUGAAGAGCUUCUCUCAGGGCUCAAAUUUAUUUGUGUAACUGUUAAUGCUGGAGUGAACAAAAGCUAUUUAUGUCUUUUGAGAUUGCCUGAUAUUGAUGAGCCACCUUUCUGGACCCUCAGAAAGGGGGCUGCUUUCACCUA